AUGAACUACCUCCGCCUCCUCUCGCUGCUGCUCGCGCUCCCCGCCGCCUCGCUGGCCGCGCCCGCCACGCACGAUGCCGCCGCUGCCGCCGCGCCCGCCUCGACCGAGUACGGCGUGUCGGCCAAGGGUUUCGACGGCGUGCUGACGGCCAAGCGCCCUCUCAACAUUGUCAUGACCAACGACGACUCGUGGGCCUCGGCCAACAUCCGCGCCUUUUACUAUGCGCUGCGCCGCGCCGGCCACAAGGUCCUCAUGGUGGGGCCCUCGCACAACCAGUCGGGCAAGGGCGGCACGUUUGAGCUGCCCACCUCGGUCAACCUCACCGUCGCCGGGCGCGGCGGCUUCGUGCCCGUCGGUGCGCCCUACGCCGGCCGCAACCUGACCGACGAGGGACUGCGGUACUUUAACGGUACGCCCGCCGCCGCCGCCUCGUGGGCCCUCGACCAGGAGGCGCCGGCCUUCUUCAACGCAAAGAAGGGCGACACGACGGCCAACGUCGACCUCGUCGUCAGCGGACCCAACGAGGGCACCAACCUCGGCCCUUUCCUCUACACGCUCUCGGGCACCAUUGGCGCCGCCUACUUUGCCGUCGAGCGCAGCGUCCCCGCCAUCGCCUUUAGCGGCUCCAACGCCAUGCGCAACUACGACGUCCUCGACCUCGACGACCGCACCGACGAGAGCGUCCGCCUCGCGCGCCUCUCUGCCGAUUUCGUCACGGCCCUCGGCGACGCCACCCACGGCGACCGCGAGCGCAUCAUGCCGCUCGGCAUCGGCCUCAAUGUAAACUACCCGCCCGUCGGCGCCAGCAGCAACUGCACCAGCCUCGACUUUGUCCACACCCGCCUCACGGGCGGCGCCUUUGUCGACACCAUCGCCGUCAAUGCCACCACGGGCUUGCCGCAGUACGUCAACUACGUCGCAAAGGGCAUCAACCAGUGCAACAACGGCGACUGCUCCCUCGCCGGCGAGACGCUCGUCGUCGCCGACAAGGGCGCCUGCCACGCCACCGCCUCCGUCUUUGCCACCGACUACGACGCACCCACCCACGUCAUCAAGAGCCUCCUCCCCGCCCUCCAGCGCGGCAUCAAAAAGGUCAACAAGAACCAGAAGAGGGACUUUUGA